AUGAUUUUAUUUAAUCUUAUUCUCUUUCCUCGUGUACCUAGUCGCCAGAGUGUACGUAGCUAUUCUUCUGCUAUCUCGCCUCGUUUCCUCGGCUCGACUGAAGCAGCACCAAAGGCUUAUGAGAAGCGGAAUCAGGCAGCUGCUUUUCCCACCAUGCCAAAUCCAUGUUCUGAGUCUGGUCAGAGGCGGCUACAACACAGUCCAGAAAAAGUGACCGGAUCUGGCGCUCGAAGCGAAUAUUUGGCAAAGCAUUCUAAAUCUACCUCUUCAUCAUCGUCCUCAGACGAGACGACUGCACCAACCAUCACCCUCAGUUCGAAAGGUAUGCUAAGUAGACUGGGUCUACCUCGACCUUAA